AUGGAAGACGACGAGUUUGAUACAGAGGUUGUGGCCACAAAGAAGGGAAAAAGAAAGGUUGAUGAUGUUGAACAGUCUAAGAGAAGGUCUAAGGGAAAGGAAAAGGAAAAGGAAACGGAAACGGUUGAUGAUGAUGUUCCUACAUUUUUCGACAGUAACUAUGACUUAAGCGACAAGGGGGAGGACGAAAUCAUGGCGGCACAAGUUCAGGGAUGGAAGAAUGUGGUGGCAUCAAUGCGAGUCAUUGAGGAUCGGGAUGAGGAAGCUUCAAGUGACAACCUACCAACCGAUACACCUAGUGAGGGUGAGAGUGAGGAUGAUUUGGGUGGUAAAGGUGACCCAGAUAUGCCCCAAGUUGUGAGCCGAAGAUUCAAGCCUGCUACAGACUUUAAUGAUCCAAGAUGGGAAAUAGGUCUGCGCUUCAACUCAAAGAAUGAUUUCAAAGAAGUUAUCCGGCAUGAAGAAGUGAAGGAGGGUAAAAAGUUGAGGCUGUUGAAGAACGAUAAAAUACGCUGCAUUGCCGUUUGUCCUGGGUUGGAAAGGAUUAAGAAGCGUAAAGCGGGUUGUCCUUGGAAGAUUACCCUAGCCCAUAGACCUACUAUUGGUUGCUGGCAGAUUUCAAGGUUGAAGCUAACACACACGUGUAGAGGUUCUUCUUACAACCACGGCUGCGCUAACGCCCGGUUCUUAUCCAAGUACUUUAAAGAGGAUAUGCGAAUCUUCCCGGGAAUGACAGUUCUUCAAUUUAUUAAAAAAGUCAAAUGCGAGUUGAAGAUUAACAUAUCCUUUGGAAAGGCACAACGUGCAAUGGCACAAGCGAGGAAUGUGAUCGAGGGUGAUGUAAUCAGGCAAUACAAGAGGUUGCAUGAUUACAUGGCGGAGAUUAUUAGGUCUAAUCCAGGGAGCACCGUUAAGCUAGCUACGAGGCGGCUGUCAGAUGGGACUGAGAAGUUCUCUGGCAUUUAUACGUAUUGUGGGUCUGGAUGGAUGCCACCUGAGGGGCAAGGGAAGGGCAUACCGUUGACUGCCAUUGGAUUAGACCCGAACGAUCUGAUAUUUCCCAUUGCAUUUGCCGUUGUAGCCGUCGAGAGUACAGAGACGUGGAUCUGGUUCCUGGAUUUUUUAGUGAGGGAUUUGGAAAUCAAUGACUCAAGCAAGUGGACAUUUAUAUCGGAUAGACAAAAGGGGUUGAUCAAUGCGGUAUGGAGUUGCUGCCAUAUGGCCGAGCACCUCUUCUGUGUUUGGCAUAUGCAUAAUAACUUUCGGAAGGUGUUCAGCUCGACAACGUUGAAGGACAAGAUUUGGGAAGCCGCUCGUGCGACGACUGAAUAUGCCUUCGACAGGGUCAUGGAUGAAAUCAAGCAACUAAACUCUGGAGCACACACGUGGCUGACCACACAUACUUCGAAGGAGCACUGGAGCCGAGCAUUCUUCAGUUUUUAG